AUGUUCAGAGUUAAGGAUCUACUGCUCUCACCGGAAACCUUCGAUGGUCCCAUUUUUAGAACCCAUCUGCGUUGCUUUCGCUGGUAUGGCUAUGUGGCAUCUAAGGAUCAGAAGAAACCUUGGCUCAGUCUCCUUCGCUGCACCAUUUUCACUGCCUCCAUUUGGCUAAGUUGCGCUUUGAUGCUGGCCAGGGUUUUCAGGGGCUAUGAAAACCUCAAUGAUGGAGCCACGAGCUGGGCAACUGCUGUCCAGUAUUUUACGGUGUCCAUUGCUACUCUAAAUGCAUACGUUCAGAGAGAUAGAGUAGUAAGACUUCUUCGAGUAGCUCACGAGGAUAUCCAGAACCUAAUGCUCGAGGCAGAUGAUCAGGAGAUGGAACUCCUGGCUGCCACUCAGGCUUAUACCCAAACCAUUACUCUGAUCCUUUGGGUGCCAUCGGUUAUUGCUGGAUUGAUUGCCUAUUUGGACUGCAUCUACAGGACCUUGUUUCUCCCAAAAUCAGUUUUCAAUAUGCCAGCAGUGAGUCGAGGUGAGGAGCAACCCAUUCUACUAUUUCAACUUUAUCCCUUUGGAGAAAUUUGCGAUAACUUCGUGGUGGGUUACCUGGGACCCUUGUAUGCUCUAGCCUUGGGAAUCACUACUAUCCCGCUGUGGCACACCUUUAUCACUUGCCUCAUGAAGUAUGUGAACCUCAAGCUGCAAAUUCUUAACAAAAGGGUGGAGGAAAUGGAUGUUAGAAGACUGAAUCCCAACUUGGUAAUAGAACGUUUAUCAUCCAGCGACUUAACCUUUUGGCGAUUGCAACUCUUCAAGGAGUUCGUAGAGGAACAGUUGAGGAUUCGCAAAUUCAUUCAAGAGCUGCAAUAUCUCAUUUGCGUGCCUGUAAUGGCAGAUUUUAUAAUCUUUUCGGUUCUUAUGUGCUUUCUCUUUUUUGCCCUAACAGUUGGUGUUCCCAGCAAUAUGGACUACUUCUUUAUGUUUAUAUACCUCUUUGUGAUGGCUGGCAUAUUGUGGAUGUACCACUGGCAUGCCACAUUGAUUGUUGAAUGUCACGAUGAAUUGUCCCUUGCUUACUUCUCCUGUGGCUGGUACAACUUCGAAAUGCCUUUGCAGCGGAUGCUGGUCUUUGUGAUGAUGCAUGCCCAGAGGCCAAUGAAGAUGCGCGCUUUGCUGGUCGAUCUGAAUCUAAGGACCUUCAUCGACAUUGUGCGUGGAGCCUACAGCUAUUUCAAUCUGCUGCGUAGCUCCCACUUGUAUUAGACGGAAAAGCCUCUCCUAGGGGCUAAUCAAAUGCCGUUGCGCUUGUCAACUCGUUUGGCUAACAUGACAGUAAACAAGCCAUGCAAUUCAUUUUGCCCGGCACACACUCACAAAAACCUAAGGAAACGGAAAGUCAGAAGGGGAGGGCUAUAGUCAAAUGCUAAACCAUUUUACAGCGCAAAUAAACGUGGCUCAAAGUGAAGAGACAACGCCUGCUACUCAAAAAGCCAAUGCAAGUAACGGGCGACAUCAUUUAUCACUUGAGAAACGUCGCAUGUCACUGGCAUUGUAUGUGUGUUUUGUUAUAUUGUCUUUCUCAAUGGAUAUAAAACGAUUUUUGCACUUCUUACCCACCAAGCCAACCGAACUACCCGCCCCUGGCAUUAUUUCCCUGCCGUGCCUCUAAUUGUCUUGGGGGUUUUAGACAAAGGAAAUUUAUGCGUCUGCCCCAGCAAAACGGUCAGAUACAUCAAGCCACCACCACCAUCAGCGAAACUAACCAAACCAAACAAACCGAAUCGUUGUCCCCCUGGGUGUAUUUUUUAAUAUUAUUAAGAGUAUAGACAAAAAAAAAAAAAAAAAAAGAAGUGGAAAGUAAAAA